AACCUCACAUCUGAGAAACCAAGCAAAAGGUAACUGCUAACAACAACAACAACCCAAUCCCUCACUCGCACUCUCACUCUCAUAGAUACGAUGGCCGUGGCGUCCACUUCUCUCGCCUCCCAGCUCUCGGCGCAGUUCUCCGGCCUCCGCCGAUCCUCGCCGAAGCUCGACCACUCUCAACCACAAACCUUAUUCCAACACGUCCACUCCCAUAUCCGCCUCUCCUCCUCUCGCAAAGGCUGCCGCGGCGUCGUUUCAAUGGCUGGCUCUGGCAAGUUCUUUGUUGGUGGAAACUGGAAGUGUAAUGGGACAAAAGACACUAUCAGCAAGCUUGUCUCUGACUUGAACAGUGCAAAAUUGGAGGCUGAUGUUGAUGUUGUUGUAGCACCUCCCUUUGUUUACAUCGAUCAGGUGAAGAACACAUUAACAGAUCGGAUUGAGAUAUCUGCUCAGAACUCUUGGGUCGGAAAGGGUGGGGCUUUCACGGGUGAAAUCAGUGUGGAACAAUUGAAAGAUAUUGGCUGCAAGUGGGUUAUUCUUGGGCAUUCAGAGCGGAGACAUGUUAUUGGUGAAGUUGAUCAGUUUAUAGGAAAGAAAGCUGCCUAUGCUUUGACUGAGGGUCUUGGAGUAAUAGCUUGCAUUGGGGAAAAGUUGGAAGAAAGGGAAGCCGGGAAAACUUUUGAUGUCUGUUUUCAGCAACUGAAGGCUUUUGCAGAUGCAGUACCUAGUUGGGAGAAUGUGGUUAUUGCUUAUGAGCCUGUAUGGGCCAUUGGGACUGGUAAAGUUGCAUCACCUGCGCAAGCACAGGAAGUACAUGCAGCUGUUCGUGACUGGCUAAAGAAGAAUAUCUCGGCAGAAGUUGCAUCUAAAACACGAAUUAUUUAUGGAGGGUCUGUAAAUGGAGGCAAUUCUGCUGAGCUUGCAAAACAAGAAGAUAUUGAUGGUUUUCUGGUCGGUGGUGCUUCCUUAAAGGGUCCUGAGUUUGCUACUAUUAUCAAUUCUGUAACAUCCAAGAAAGUUGCUGCUUGAUUAUGGUGGUUUUGGCGACGAGAGCAAUAAUUGGAGAGAAGCUGUGUCAGUUUCAAACAUAGUCUAAUAAAAGUAUGUGCCAGUUUUCUUGGUUGGGUUUUUGGAUCAUUUUCCAGCUUCGUAAUUCUCAUAAGGAUGGAAGAAUAUCUUUUGUUUGUUUUCCAUGGGCUGCCUCUCUUCCGGGGAUAACUAGAGGUAUACAAAGUAAUGUUUUAGUGCCAUAAACAAUUUAUGAAUGACUCAUCCAUAUCAAGAAAUCCAGUGGUAUGUUUGUAGAAA